AUGGAUCACUUUCCUGGUACCUGGGGCCGACCCCGAAACGAUGUCUACGGAGCCUACGACCCAUCAUACCUCCAGAGCACUGGACCCAAGACACAUACAUCGUCUCCUGCUGUGACUGGUACAUCAGUGGUGGGGGUCGUAUUCAAUGGCGGUGUCGUGAUAGCUACCGACAAUUUGGCAAGUCUGACACCGUCCUUCUUGCUUCCUCUACGUACAGCUUCAUACGGUUCCUUGGCACGAUUCACGGACACGAAGCGACUGCGGGUUUUCGGCGACCAGGCCGUGGUGGGCUUUGGCGGUGAUGUGUCCGAUAUGCAAUACAUUGACCGGCUCCUUGAAUCGAUCGACAUUCGUGAGAACUACUCUUCUCACGGCAACACAUUGAACGCCAAAAACCUGCACACGUACCUCGCCAAGGUCUUCUACAAAAGACGAUCCGAGUUCAACCCUCUAUGGAACCACGUGCUGGUAGCCGGAUUUGACAGCGCCGGCAAGCCAUUCCUUAGCUCUGCGGACCUUCUUGGCACCACCUUCUCUGCACCCCAUCUGGCGACCGGAUUCGGUGCUCAUUUGGCUGUGCCUAUUCUUCGUCGCUUGUUCCCCGAGGAGAGACCUGUGGAGGAGAUUAGCCAGGAAGAGGCGGUGGAGGCGCUCAAGCAGUGUAUGAAGGUUCUCUUCUACCGCGAUGCACGGAGUACGGACAAGUACUCGAUAGCCGUGAUUACAAAGGACAAGAUCGACCUGAAGGAGGACGAACAACUGGAGAAGCAGAGCUGGGCCUUUGCUGAGAAGAUCAAGGGAUAUGGACGCCAGACGGUCUAG